UAAUGUGUUCAAGAAUGUAUAUAAUUGCCUGUAAGGUAUGUGAUGUGUGUCAGUUAAAUGCACAACCUUUGUAUUUGUGUUUUGAGGUUUAUGUCAUUAUUUUUGAUAUGGUAUUGAUAUGUACUACAGCUCCAGUGAACCCUGAAGUAGUCUCAGGUAGAGGGGGUGGGAGCAAGUGGGGAGCCGUGUGCACUCUGCAGGAAGCGAGGGAGACGAGAGCUGAACAGUGUCGAGUGAACGCAGAGUUUAUAGAAGGGCGACAGACAUAUUUUCGGAUUGACGGAUAGUUGACUGGAGUGAAAGCUGUUGUACCCUACUGUGAGUAGGAGGAGACGGACGUCUUGCUGGCGUGUCAGAGAGGUCCCUUCUGCUGGUGUGCUGAAGUUAUAUGUUCACGUGGGAGCACGUGGAGAGGACGACUGAGUGCUGCUGCCGCGCCUGCUGGUAGCAUUGACCCAGUUUCCCCUGCUAUCCCCUUGAACUGCUUGGAGGUAGACUUUAUCACAUUCAUCAUGUCGCUCUCUGCACUGGUACCGCUGCUGCUGCUCGUCUGUAGUGUCCAGGCUAAUUUUUACAGUAUAGUGGUGAACUACUACCCAAGUGGCAAUGAUUCAACAGGAUCUUCCACUGGCAUUCUUUAUUACAAGUUGGGCUACAGCUUCUGCUUGAACAGUGUGCCCUACUACAUCGACGGUCAGCCACUUGUGCUACAAAAGGUCGAUGAGCCGAUAAAUGGAGAGUGGUGCCAAACUGAAGGAGUCAUCUCUAAGUAUUUUUCCAGCAACUCUAUGUUUUCAAUUCCGGCCUCUGGCAUAGACUGGAUCUUUGGCAUCAAAAAUGGCAUCGUAUCAUUUCAAAUUCAGGCUCUGGUGGAACUGAGGAUCCGCUCUGACAUCGGCAAAGCCAACACAUCACCACAGACCACUAUCAUACCAGCUAUCAGAGUUCCAUCAAACUGUCCAAGAAAUCUGAGCCUGUUGAUGUUUGAUCCUGAUGGAGACAUAGUGAAAUGCAGAAAUGGAGAUGCAUCACUCUCAGAGUGUAGGCCCUGCACACCACCAUCUGUUCUCAGCCUUUCACCAUCCUCUUGUACUCUGUCAUUCAGCCCCACGAACAGCAGUGAUGAAGGUCCGUAUGCGGUACAGCUGAUGAUAGAGGACUUUCCCAGACAGAACAUAACGUUGACUCAAACCAACGGGACACAAACAAUAAUAACAACCAACGACGCUAUCAGCAAAAUGCCAGUUCAGUUUGUCGUGAGAGUGGAUCCUGCAGCACCAUCGUGCACAGAGGGACUCUUUCUACCCAUGUUCCUGCCUCCAACCCCAGCCCACAGAACCCAGCUCUACACCAACGUCAAUCAGACUCUGGCUAUCAGCAUCAAGGCACAGACACUUAACUCCACGAUCUCUGAGCUGCUGUUCAGCGCGCCGCACACAGUAACUGAAAGUCAAACAGGCCCAGGAGAGUUCACACUGACGUGGACGCCAUCUGACUCAGUAGCUGGACAAAGCCACCCCAUUUGUUUUGUUGUCCAAGCAGUUUUAGGAGCAGCCAAGUACCACUCUGAGCUUCGAUGUGUCAUUGCGACCGUUAGAAAAGCAUCGCCAACUACAUCACCCAAUACACCAGAGUAUGUUGCAGCUCUGAAAAUGAAGUUGUCUUCUACAGUGGACUUGUCUCAAAUCAAUAGGGAUGUCUUCUUAAAUCAGAUUAAACAGAAACUGGAGUCAUAUGGACUGCCUGAUGACGUCAGUCUGCGCCUCAUAAACAGUGUGCCACAGAUUGGCGUAACUGCAGCGUCCUCUAAUUCUACAAGAUGAACCUGAAGUCCUGCAUCUGCAUGCUCUAUCUUCACUCUUUCUGUACCAAUUGGAAACAUCUGUGUGGAAAGAUAAUACAAAAUCUUACUUAUCACGCAUAAUUUUGCAUUCAACCUGUCUGUCAUAAAAAUUGGUGAUAAAACAUUA